AUGUCUCUAGAAACAAUCACGACUAUUUCCCCCGCGACCAACGAGCCUAUCAUCACCCGCACGGGAGUCUCGUCGGAGGAUUUGCGACGUCUCCCCGAAGCGGGACAGGCGGCAUUCCGCGUCUUCUCGCAAACGACCCUCCAAGAACGACAGAAAAUCGUCGAACGCGCUCUGGACAUUCUGGAAAAGAAGAAGGAUGAAUUGGCACGCGAAGUCACGGAGCAGAUGGGCCGGCCCAUCGCUUACACUGGUGUCGAGAUCGCGACCGCUAUCAAGCGGGGAAGAUACCUGAUCAGUGUGAGCAACUCGGUGCUUGGUGAAGAGGGCAUUGUGCCUGGUGAGGCGGAAAAGGGCUUCCGGCGAUAUAUCAAGCGCUCACCUGUUGGGGUGGUGCUUGUUCUUUUCCCAUGGAACUAUCCCUACCUCACCUUGGUCAACAGUCUCAUUCCCGCUAUUCUGGCCGGUAACGCCGUCAUCCUGAAGCCCUCGCCUCAGACCCCUACCAUCGUCGAGCAAAUCACCGCCGCCUUCAAUGAGGCCGGCCUCCCAAAAGAUGUUCUCCAAUACUUCCACUGCGGCUCGUUUACAUUGCUCGAGGCGGUGGUGCGGUCGCCCCUCGUGAGCCACAUCUGCUUCACUGGCUCCGAAGCUGGUGGCUUGGCUGUGCAAAGAGCGGCCGCGGAUCGGAUUGUGAGCGUCGGACUGGAGCUGGGUGGAAAGGAUCCUGCCUACGUGCGAGAUGAUGUCGAUCUUUCCUGGGCAGCAGAGGAGAUUGUCGAUGGCGCUAUCUUCAACAGUGGACAGAGCUGCUGCGCUAUUGAGCGUGUCUAUGUCCACGAGAAGAUCUACGACGGAUUCAUUGCGGAAGUCAAGAAGGUGCUCAGCAACUACCGCGUCGGCGAUCCCUCUGAUCCUAAGACUCAGAUUGGACCGGUCAUCUCCAAAAAUGCCCGAGAGACUAUCCUGACGCACAUCGCCGAUGCUGUGAAGAAGGGUGCCAAGGACGAUACUCCUGCCAACGGAACAUUUGAAAACUUCCCCGCCUGCGGAAACUAUGUCAAGCCUACGCUGCUGACCGGUGCGACCCAUGAGAUGGUUGUCAUGACCGAGGAGACAUUCGGGCCUGUCAUCCCAGUGAUGAAGGUGUCUGGCGACGAGGAGGCUGUUCGCCUGAUGAACGACAGCAAGUUUGGCUUGACUGCCAGCGUUUGGUCCAAGGACAUUCCUGCUGCCGAGAAGCUGGUUGAGCAAGUUGAGGCUGGAACCGUGUUUGUCAACCGGUCGGACUUCCCCAGUCCUGACCUCGCCUGGACUGGAUGGAAGAACUCUGGUCGUGGCGUGACUCUCAGUCGAUUUGGAUUCGAGCAAUUUGUGAAGCUCAAGAGCCACCACAUCAAGGACUACCCGAAAUAA